UUUCCUGAAUGUGGAUUUUAUGGCCUCUACGAUAAAAUCCUGCUGUUCAAACAUGACUCUUCGACAGCCAACAUUUUACAGCUGGUCCGAGCCGCCUCCGACAUUCAGGAGGGUGAGCUGGUGGAAGUGGUUCUCUCAGAGCCGGAGUUCCACGGAGCUCUUCCCCCGCCGCCUGACCUCCUCCACCUACAUCGGCCGCCCCAUAGAGCUGGACAAGCUCUUCCUCUCCAAGGUGAAGGUGCCCCACACCUUCCUCAUCCACUCCUACACCCGCCCCACCGUCUGCCAGUUCUGCAAGAAGCUCCUGAAGGGCCUCUUCCGCCAGGGCCUCCAGUGCAAAGAUUGCAAAUUCAACUGCCACAAGCGCUGUGCGACCCGUGUGCCCAACGACUGCCUGGGAGAGGCCUCCUUUAAUGGUGGCGAUAUGCCGAUGGAAGAAUCGAGCGAUCUCAGCGAGGCGGAUAAGAACUCGCUCAUGGAUGAGUCCGACGAUUCCGGGAUCAUCCCCGGAUCCCAUUCAGAGAACGAUCUGCGCAUGGACGAAGACGUGGAGAGUCUCCAGAAAUCCCAAAGCUCCAUGGGGUACAUCCCCCUGAUGCGGGUGGUGCAGUCCGUCCGCCAGACGACGCGGAAGUCGAGCACGGCCCUGAAGGAAGGCUGGAUGGUGCAUUUCAGCAACAAGGACCCCUUGAGAAAACGUCAUUAUUGGCGGCUGGACAGCAAGUGCCUCACGCUCUUCCAGAACAACAGUAGCAAUCGCUACUACAAGGAAAUCCCCUUGUCGGAGAUCUUAACCGUCGAGCCGGCUCAGGAUUUCUCCCUCGUGCCGUCCGGCGCAAACCCUCACUGCUUUGAGAUCAUUACCGCUAACGCCACCUACUACGUGGGCGAGAACGGCGCCCCCAGCGCCCCCCAGCAUGGCGGGGAUGGCCUGGAACACGCCAAGGCCUGGGAGACGGCCCUUCGCCAAGCCCUCAUGCCCGUCGUCCUGCAGGGGGUGCCGGCUGCCCAGGGACAGCCCCCCCAUAGACAAGCUUCUUUGAGGAUCUCCGUCUCCAACAGCCAAGUCCAGGAGAACGUGGACAUCUCCACCGUCUACCAGAUAUUUCCAGAUGAGGUCCUGGGCUCCGGUCAGUUUGGUGUGGUCUACGGAGAGUUUGAGGCACCCUGGGAUUGUAAAUCUGGAAUGCAUGUUUGAGACCCCGGAGAAAGUCUUUGUCGUCAUGGAGAAACUGCACGGGGAUAUGUUGGAGAUGAUCCUGUCUUCGGAGAAGGGCCGGCUCCCAGAGAGGCUGACCAAGUUCCUGAUCACCCAGGUAGAAAUGCUUCUCUAAAUCCCUCCCUCCCUCCUUCCUUCCUUCUUUCCGUCCUUCCUUCCUUCUUUCCGUCCUUCGUUCC